AGCCAGAAUAAUUUUGGUGAGAUCCCAGAUAGGUGUGAAUGGCCAAAAAACCUGAAAUACUUAAACCUCUCCAGCACUCAGAUUCCUAAAGUGACGACCUGCAUUCCCCCAACGCUGGAAGUUUUGGACGUUAGUGCUAACAAGCUGCAGGAGUUUGGCCUGCAUCUGCCAUUUCUGAAAGAGCUGUACCUCACAAAAAACCAGCUGAAGACUCUGCCUGAUGCCGCACCCAUUCCAAACCUAGUGGCCAUGUCAGUCAGAAGAAACAAGCUCAACAGUUUCUCCAAGCAAGAGUUUGAGUCCUUCCAGAGAAUGGAGCUGCUGGAUGCCAGUGAGAACUACUUCAUCUGCUCCUGUGAAUUCCUGUCCUUCAUCCACCACCAGGCUGGGAUAGGCCAGGUGCUGGUGGGGUGGCCAGACAAAUACAUCUGUGACUCUCCCCUGUCGGUGAGAGGGGUGCAAGUUGGAGCUGUGCACCUCUCCCUGAUGGAGUGCCACAGGUCCCUUGUGGUGUCCUUGAUCUGCACCCUAGUGUUCCUGGUCAUCCUCAUCCUUGUAGGCCUUGGCUACAAGUACCAUGCAGUCUGGUACCUGAGGAUGACCUGGGCAUGGCUCCAAGCCAAGCGGAAGCCCAAGCAAGCCCCCCCAAAGGACAUCUGCUACGACGCUUUUGUCUCCUACAGUGAGAAUGACUCUGACUGGGUGGAAAACAUUAUGGUGCGCGAGCUGGAGCAGGCCUGCCCUUCCUUCCGGCUCUGCCUCCAUAAGCGGGACUUUGUGCCUGGCAAGUGGAUUGUGGACAACAUCAUUGACUGCAUUGAGAAGAGCCACAAAACACUCUUUGUGCUGUCUGAGCACUUUGUGCAGAGCGAGUGGUGUAAAUACGAGCUGGACUUCUCGCAUUUCCGCCUCUUUGAUGAGAACAAUGAUGCAGCAAUCCUUGUCCUCCUGGAGCCCAUCCAGAGCAAAGCGAUUCCCAAGAGGUUCUGCAAGCUGCGCAAGAUCAUGAACACAAAGACCUACCUGGAGUGGCCUGCUGGUGAACAGCAGCAGCAGAUGUUUUGG